UGACCCACAAAAGUAUUUCUAAUUUCAAGGGCAGCCCAUGUUUUCUUUCUUAAAAAAAAAAAAAAAAAAGAAAAGAAAAAAGAAAACUUUUUUAGUUUUUGCUUUAUAUAACCUCUCCCCAUGCCACACCCUCCAUUUGUUAAUAUUCUACUAAAUAAAUCAACACAUCACCUUUUUCUUGUUUUCUUAUUCUUUUUUUCAUUUUGAUCAUUAUGCUCUCAUCUCCUCUCUUCUUCAACUUCUAUCCUCACCAUUUUGUUCAUAACCAAGGCAACCACAUUGAGGAUAUUUCCUCUUAUUUUCUCUUUGAGGCCACUGGGGACUCCGAGGUCGACCUUCAGAGCUCGUCUCCCGUCUCCACGGAGUUCAACGACGCGGAAUCAUGCACCGAUGACACUGAUCGUAUUAUGUUAUGUAAUAAUGAAGAUGAUGAAGAUGAAGAAGAGAUGGGUGUUGAGAAUGAUGAUGAUGAUGGGGAUGAAGAAGAAGAAGAAGAAGAAGUAGUUGAAAGCAAGGCCAUUGGGUUUUCAAUAAAGUCAAAUGCUUCUAUUGAUUCAACUAAGGAUGAGUUCAAAAUGUUGAAUGAAGUUGAUAAAAACAGGUUGUUUUGGGAGACUUGUUUGGCUUCAUAGGGUUUUUUUUUUUUUUUUUUUUUUUUUUUUUUUUUUUUUUCCAAUCUCAUUUCUGAAAAACUGGGAGGGUUGUGGUGAAGGAAAAAUGAAGGAAACUUGUGGGAUUUCUUUCUUUUUUUAAAAAAAAAAUAUAUACUUUUGUUGGUGUUGCUGUUUGAUGUUUAAAAUGUACAUGAAAGCAAGAGAUGGAUUUUUAUUGAUCCAUUUAAGACAUUUCUUUUUCUUUUCGUUUGACUUUGUGUUAUUGCCUUCUUUUUCUGGGUUCAUUUAUGAUGUUUUAAGAUUUCUGAAGAUGGGGUGGUAAUUCUCAAGUUGGACCUACACAAAAACUAUUCAUUUUAAAUGGGCUAAAUUGUAAAUCUUGUCUCUGGUUUCAAGAAGUUUAGAUUUCAGUUCUUAUAUUAAAAUUUAAUAUUACCAAUUUACAUGA